AUGCAGCAGAACCGGCAUGUUGUCUAUCCCCAGGUCUUCUGGACAAGCAGCAGUGCCGUGCCUAGCUCCGAUCGUGUCCCAGCGGGAUUGUGCCCCGGCGGGAUCGUGCCCCGGCAGGACGUGUGCCUGCCCGCGCCAGACAGGAAAAAGCAGAGGCCGUGCAGCCGAGAGGGCGCCUGCCUGGGCUUCCUGCCGGUGGUGGCGCUGAGCCUCCUCGCGCUCACGGGGACCGGGCUGGCGCUGUUCCAGAACUACCAGCAGCAGCAGGAUCUGGAUGCCCUGAGGAAGCCUUCCAGCUCGGCACACGUGUCUCAGCCACCAGAGCCACUCAAAGGUUUCCUGAAUGGGCGCCCAGAAAAGAAGGUCAGGCGGAGAGCGCACCUGACAGGCAAGCCGAACCAACAGUCGCUUCCACUAGACUGGGAGAGUUCCUACGGACAUGCCUUCAUCUCGGGAGUUCGCUACGAAAACCGGGCUCUGGUGAUUGAGGAGCCUGGCCUCUACUUUGUGUACUCCAAAGUCCUCUUCCGGGGCCAGACCUGCCAGCCCAAGCCCCUCGCCCACGUGGUCUUCAAGAGAAACCCGGCGUACCCCAGCGACCAGGUGCUGAUGGAGGACAAGGAGAUGAACUACUGCAUGGCCAAGAACAUGUGGGCCAGGAGCAACUACCUGGGCGCCCUGUUCCACCUCUCCAGGGAGGACCGUGUGUCCGUGAAUGCUUCGGAAGCCGGGCUGGUGAGCCCCGAGGAGGCAAAGACCUUCUUCGGCCUGUACAUGCUUUAGAAAGACGUUCAGCGCAUGGGCGACGGGAGAAUCUGAGCCACGAGAGUGCUAACCGGGACCGCUCAGCGUGGAGUGUGGCGGGCUGCAGACGAGGCUUCCGCAACACGCACCUUGCAUUAAUUUUUGUCACUGAGAAGAUCAAAGUGGGCCUGAAACGGUUCUCUGAGAUUCAGGCUGAACACUGACUUCCCCUGGGAUCGUUCUGGAGACAGUCCAGCUGGCGGCACACGGAGCUUGCUGUG